AUGAAUAUACUGAUUUGGAACAAUAGAGGAGCAUUAAAACCCUCAUUUCAGACUUAUGUUCAUGAGUUAGCUCGGCGGCAUGAUCCGGCUAUUCUGGUAGUUAUGGAGACUAAAUUGGGUGGUAACAAAGCCAAAGAAGUCACUGAUAGGCUGCCAUUUGAUGGAGUCAUCCAUACGGAGACGAUUGGUCUCAUUGGUGGGCUGUGGUUGUUGUGGAAUGAGGACCAGGUGGAGAUUCAGGAGCUAGCUAAAACAGAGCAGGAAAUUCAUGUAGAAGUAAAGGUAUGUGUCUUAAAUCUCUCAUGGAUUUUCUCUGCCAUAUAUGCUAGUCCUAGGAAUGUGGAAAGAUGCAUUCUUUGGAGCAAUUUAUCUAAGGUUGCAGAAUUGCAUAAUAAGCCAUGGAUUAUGGCAGACGAUUUUAAUGAACCUCUUGUGAAUGAGGAUAAAUUUGGAGGCAGGGGUGUUAGUAUGAAUAGGUCUCUAGCAUUCAAAGAUUGCUUAGAUUUAUGCAGUAUGGUUGAUAUGGGCUUUUCUGGUCCAAGGGACAUGUACGUAGCUGAAUCUAUUGAGGUUUUCUCUAAGGAAGCAACCAUUUGGAACAGGGACCAUUUUGGAAACAUCAACCAGAAGAAGAGGAGAAUCAUGGCUAGAAUCUAUGGUGCCCAAAAAGCUCUUUCCAUCUCAAGAAGGAAAAGGAACCAUAUUGCCUCGGUCAAAGAUGAGAGGGCGUUGUGGUUAACUGAUGAGAGAGAAGUCAUGGAGCACUUUAGAAGUGGUUUUGUCUCCUUGUAUACCACUUCUUUUGAGGCGGCCUCUCGGGUUCCAAGUUAUGAAGUAUCUUGGCAGGUGCAAUUGCCCGAGCAAGCUAAGGAUUCUAUUGGUGCCAUGGUCAAUUUGGAGGAAAUUAAAGAUGCUUUAUGGUCCAUGAAACUGUAUAAGGCUCCGGGUCCGGAUGGUCUUCAUGUUGGAUUUUUUCAACGUUUUUGGCUUGUAGUAGGGGAAUCUGUUAAGGAGGAAGUUAGGAGAGUUUAA